GGUAUCCUGAUGAUGUGGUCCUCUGAGAAGCAUAGCUUAAGUGAUUGUAGUCUCUUUCAUCCAGAAGGUGAUUUUAUCAACCAGGACCUGGAAUAUCAGCAGGUUACUAUACCCCUUGUGUCAGUCGGAUACGAGAAUCCAGAACAAAGCCCGAGACCAGCAGAUCUUAUCGCAUACAAUCGCUUCCCCAACCCCGACAAAGCAUCAUGCAGUCGACCUAGCCCGGAGCUUGCAAUAACCAAUGUCAACCCAACCCUGUUGACCACAUCGCGUCACCCUACCAACGUUCCGGGGCGCAAUGACACACAGGCAAUUUCCAACCCGCGGGUCCAUACCAGCUGUAGGACAGAUGUUCUAGAUCUACAAAAACGAAUUCAAAAAUCUCCAACGAUAAAUGGCGAUGGCACGUCUGCCCGUAAUAGAAAUCUCCGUAGGGGACAUAAAAUGAUUGAACGCAAGUAAGUGAUUGUCAGCUUCUAUUAGUUCGACCUCUCAUCUAACAUUAUAUGCUCUAGCACUGAACGCGAGCAUUCUAGCAAAUAUCGCUGCGAAUGGGCUGGGUGCAGAUAUACUGGUGUCUUCGGACGCAAGGAAGAUUUGAAGCGCCAUAUAUUCAAAAUUCAUGUUUCACCGCGCUCGUACGAAUGCCCUGUGGCGAACUGUCGGAGGGCUUUCAACCGGAACGAUAAUCUGCAGAGCCAUUU